AUGGCCAAAGUCAGUCAAGACGUUUCAUCUUCCAGAAGAAAAUCCAGAAAGGCAUACUUCACCGCUCCUUCAUCGGUGCGUCAAAUUCUGAUGUCUUCUCCUCUGUCCAAGGAGUUGAGAGAACAACAUGGUAUCAAGUCCAUCCCAAUCAGAAAAGAGGAUGAAGUCCGUAUUGUCAGAGGUUCCAAGAAGGGCCAAGAAGGAAAGGUUUCCUCCGUUUACAGAUUGAAGUACGGUAUUCAAGUUUCCAAGGUCACCAGAGAAAAAUCCAACGGUGCUUCCGUCCCAUUGAACAUUCACCCUUCCAACGUUGUUAUUACCAAGUUGUACUUGGAUGACAACAGAAAGGACUACAUUCAAAGAAAUGGUGGUAAGCUCGAGUAG